GGUUUGAAUAAGGGAAGUUUGACAGAGAGCUGAGAUCUGCGCUGAGGCUCCUCUCUACACUUCACUCCUCCGCUGGUCCACUCGCGUCCAAUGUGAGAGCUCUGCGCUGCUUCGCUGUUUGCCUGGACGAGACUCAGCGACAGGGGUCUCUUAAAAGAUCUCCUUUAACUCCAGGGAAGACAGUUUUUCCAGUGUUUUUCUUGUUUUUUUGGUGUGUGUGUGUGUUUCACGCGCUCGGGAUUUGCGAUGGAUGUUCUACCCAUGUGCAGCAUUUUCCAGGAGCUGCAGAUCGUCCAUGACACCGGCUAUUUCUCAGCGUUACCGUCGCUGGAAGAAUACUGGCAACAGACAUGUCUGGAGCUGGAGCGCUACCUGCAGAGCGAGCCGUACGUCUCGGCUUCCGAGCUGAAGUUCGACCCUCAGGAGGACCUGUGGAGCAAACUGAUCUUGGCGUGUGGCGACGGCGACAAGGGAGAAAUGGACUCAAACUCGAACGCCGAUCUCGCUCACGUCAAAGAGGAGGACGCUCAGGACGGCCCGAUGUCGGAGACGCGCAGCGUGAACUCGGACGCCAGCAGCGAGGUGUCAGAUAGCUCGGAGGAGCUCUCGCCGACGCACAUCUUCGGCUCGAACCCUCUCGGCUCGGGACACUUGGCCUCAUCGAUCAUCGCCACGCCGCCGUCAUCUCCGGAGGCACUGCAGGAACCUGGCAUCCCUCAGCUCUGGGGAUCCAUAAACACUGAACUGCAUGUAGCCGGUAAGGCCAGGCACGGCGGAACGGCCAAGGGGUCGGAUAAACUGGCACUGCCCGGAGGUGACGCGUCUCCAGACGGCAGGAGAAGGGUGCACAGGUGCCACUUCAACGGCUGCCGUAAAGUUUACACGAAGAGUUCACACUUAAAAGCACAUCAGCGGACUCACACAGGUGAGAAGCCGUACAGGUGUUCAUGGGAAGGCUGUGAGUGGCGCUUUGCACGCAGUGAUGAGCUAACCCGGCACUUCAGGAAGCACACGGGUGCAAAGCCAUUUAAAUGCAGUCACUGUGACAGGUGUUUCUCCAGGUCAGACCACCUGGCCCUGCACAUGAAGAGGCACCUCUGAGCAGGUCGUGGCAAGUGUGGAUUUGCUCUCGUUGUAUCGUGACCAGCCUCCUGGUCGCCCUGCCCCUCAUCAGGGGGAGGAGUGUGUGUCCAGCCAAAGCAUGCCAUUUUGCACCGUACCCUGUGCCUCCGGGAAUCUCGGGGAGAAAGGUCUACUGAGCGGUUGUGGGAAAAAAAAAAAAAAAACACACAAAAAAAUCACACAAAAAAAUUUUCAAAAAGACAAAAAGCAAAUGGAGCCGGAUGAAAUCACGUGCGAAGAAGAUGACAAGUGACGAAUGAAGGACUUUAGGACAAAAUGACGACAAAAAAAAAGCGAUCAAAAAAAAAAAUGAAUGAAUGAUGGUGUGUGUCAUAUGGUGCAUGUUGUUUUGGGACAACUCCUGGACAACCAAUACACUGGUACUUAUUAAACGAAAAAAAAAAAAAGCCUGAGCGUGAGCUCGCAGAGUGCGAGAAGUGUAUAGUGCGUGAGUCGGGGUAGAAAGGGGGUACCAGUGUGUUGCUGCAGACUGAAUGGUGUGGGAGAAUUUGAGAAUUUCUUUUUUCUUCUUGCAAGCCUGUGACCGGGAGGGGGAGAGAAACACGUGUCUGCUCAGUGUCAGCGUGGAAGCCGGGACUCGCCCUAUUUCCCCCAGGCUCUGUGCUCUCAAAGGGAUGAUGGGACUUUGGUUACAUCUAAACGCACCCCUUACCAACCACAAACCCACCCCUCUCUGCUGUCCCUGCUAACCCCAUACCUUCCUCCCUCCCCUCCUCCUCCUCCUCGCCUGCAGUCGGAGGCUCUACAGAUCCAGAGUCCCUUCAUGAAUGAAAGUGGCUUUUUUUUUUGGUGUUUGGUGCAGCUACUAAAUGUGCAAUGUGUUCGGUAGCUUGUUUCUUUGACAGGCUACAAAAAAGCUCUUUCGUUGUCCAUUGUAUAAGCUGUGUGCUUAGAGAUAAAACACAAAACUAUAACUUCACUAUCAUAGACAGGUGUUGCAUGGUAUUAGGGUUUGUACUCUUAUUUUUUAUUUUUUCUUCCUGUUCUUUGUUAUCAGGACUGCUAAUAGAUUCCAAUAAAGUGCAGCUAAAUAAGAAUGGUUAAAUGUUACAAUAUAUUGUACAUAAAUGGAUUGAUGAUUCUUCUCUUUAAAUCCUGUCAUAAAUUUUUCUUUUCUUUUCUGGUGAGGAAAACCACUAUUGCUUAGCAUUUUUUUUUUUUUUGGUCUUCUUUCAUCUCCAAAUCAUCAAGGACUGCUGUCCUCUCUCUCUCUCUCUCUUUCUUGCUCUCUUCUCCCACAUCUCUCUCUCCUCUAACAUUUCUAUCUCUCUCUUCCCCUUCAUUUUUCCCUGUUAUUAAUGCACUGUUGACCUUAAUGGUGCCUUAUGCAAGUGACCUUGUCCUGUGGAAUAGAUUGGUCUUUGGGGGUCACGCUUGUCUUGUAUGAGUGAACUUAGCUUUAUUAAGGCUCCAUUUCCUAUGAAAAUGCACCUUCCUUUAUCAAAAGUGGCCGCUCUAUAUACCUGUCCCUCUUAUCUGUCUAUCUAUCUAUCUAUCUAUCUAUCUAUCUAUCUAUCUAUCUAUCUAUCUAUCUAUCUCGUGGAGAAACCUAUCGAUUUACUCUUUAACGUUGGCAAAUCCGUAUCUAAGAAAGAUGCAAAAAUGCAGCGACGCACUUAUGGACAGUCGCGUACAGUGAAUUAUAUAAUGAAUGCUUUUUAAAAUGGACACAUUACAUGUUUCAAGAAAAAAAAUCAUUGGUAACUACUGCUUCUUGCGCAACAAGGCUCAAGGGGAAAUGGGAAAAUUACACAGCUGCCUUGCCAUCGUUUGACACCGCGGUUCAGAAGCCUGGACUCGUCUCCCCUGCAACCAAGACGGAGAGAGAGGAGGGGAAAAAAAAAGUAAUGAUUUAUUGUAAUUAACAAGCUCUAGCAGGACAGGCCUCGCCUUGUAGCGCAUCGGUGUAAUGAAUUACUAAAGGCUUUGCUGGCACACAUUCUGCCACAGACUGCUGACUCCGACAGUUCGCUAUUGACCUGUCUGGACGGCGUUGUUUUAGCCUGGCAACAGUAUUAUGGAAACAGAGACCGGGCAUCCAGAAAGAUCAAGAUGAAUCGCUUCUUUUCAUCCCGUACAAUGUAAAUUUACAGACGUUGAAUUGAAGCCUUUUCACUUCAUCAGACAGCUCCGCUAGCCGUCUGGAUGUCCUGUAAAGCGUUUUUUUUUUUUUUUUUCAAAAAUUUAUUUAUUUUCUCUUUCUCUGAGAUCAAAAUCUCUAUCAAGGAUUUACAAUCAAUUACAAUCGUGAAUAUGAACCCGCAUGCAUUCCUGUAAAAAAUACAAAACAAAAAAACAGUCU